ACUACUACUACUACUACUACUCUUUUAUUAUCGCCUCCCUGCUCGCCCUCCUCCCACUCUCUCGCCGCCGCCGCCACUUCUAGAAGCUUCCAUCGCCACCACCGCAGCGCCCCGCGCCGCCAUGGCCGCCGAAGCCAAGGCCCCGUCGCUCGCCGAGGAAUACUCACUUCCUCCACAGGAAGCCCCAGUUGAAAAGGCAGUUGAGGAUAAGCCCCAGGAGGCUGAAAGUAUCUCUGUAACGAAUGAUGAAACCCCUCAAGCUGAUGAGACUGCAACAGCUGUGGAAGUGAACCCUGAAACUUCUGAAGUGCAAGAAGUUGCUGACAAGUCAGAAGUUGAAGACACCAACCCUGCAGCAGAGGAAACGAAUGAGACUGCUGAGGAAGAGGCUGAGGAGAAACCAGAGAUUAAGAUCGAAACGGCUCCAGCAGAUUUCCGUUUCCCAACAACAAAUCAAACAAGGCACUGUUUCACACGCUAUGUUGAGUAUCACAGGUGCGUAGCUGCGAAAGGGGAGGAUGCUCCUGAGUGUGAUAAGUUUGCAAAAUACUAUCGAUCUCUUUGCCCAGGCGAAUGGGUUGAGCGUUGGAAUGAGCAACGGGAAAACGGCACCUUCCCUGGACCUCUGUAAGCAUGUGCAAAGGGGAGAACAUACGUUGUUGUCCGGGCUCUCUUCGUUGGUAACUGGCGUCAUGUUAUCAGAAUCGGAGGGAUCGUCCUUUUUUUUGGAGAGAUUUACAAAUAAGAGAUUUCUUUUUUUAUUUGAAGAAUGACAUCUGUUGACUCUACCUAAACGAUCAUCCUCUGCACUGCUGAGAAACUCACAUUACAGCUAUGAUCUUCCUCCCUUGACUGAUCUUCCAUAACUGUUUUCUCAGGAUAAUGUGGUUGCUCGCUUGGGAAAAUGUGUUGACAUAAAUCUUAAGUUCUUUA